UACCAUUUCAUUACAUUGUGUUUAUUAAAGUUUUAACGAUAAAAAACAAACAAACAAACCAACAAAAGAUACAAAUCUUGAUUAAUUACAUAUCAUAUCUAUUCUAAAAAUUAAGGAAAUCAUUAUCGUUGAAGAAACUAGAAAUAAUCUAUUACUUCAUUUUCAGUGAAUAUGCUGAUCAAUUUGACGUCUUCUUCCUCUUCUCCUUUUUCCUCUUCUUCUUCCUCUUAUCCUUCUUCUUCUUCUUCUUCUUCUUCUUCUUCUUCUUCUAAUGAUUAUAUUAAUGAUAUCAAAUUAAGUGAUAAUGGUGAAGUGAUCUUAAAACGUCGUGAAUAUUCAAAUACUAAAUGUUUAUAUUAUUUAUUUACUGAAUUCUUUCAAAAUACAACUGUUUAUCUAUAUGUCAUGACAUUUUUAUUUUCUGGUUUAUUUUGUUUAUCUAUAUUAUUCAUUAUAAGUUAUAUAAUAAUUAAUAAUUUAAUCAUUAUUCUAUUAAAUACUUUCAAUAUAUAUAUCAUCAAUAAUUAUAAAUUAUCAAUAAUCAAUAUAAAUUCAAUAAAUGAAUUUCAAUAUUCAAUUAUUAUUAUUUUAUUUAUUCUAUAUAUAAUUUAUUGGUUAUGGGAUUGGAAUUCAGAAAAUCAUGGUGGACAUCCAAAACAAUUUAUACGUUAUUUAAAAAUAUGGGAAUAUUUAGCAGAUUAUUUUCCAAUACAUUUAGUAAUUAGUAAAGAAUUUAUUAAAUUUAAUAAAAUUCAUAAUCAUCAUAUUAAACAUCAUUCUUAUUUUAUGAAUUCUAUUAUGAAUAAUGAAGAUUAUAAAAAUGAUGAUCAUUUUGAUAAUGAAUUAAUGAAAGAAAAUUUAUCUAUGGAUGUUAAUUAUUUGGUUGGAUUUCAUCCACAUGGAAUACUUGCUACAGGAGCAUUUAUUAAUUUUGCUACAGAAGCUACUGGUUUUUCAAAAGUAUUUCCUGGAUUUAAGCCAUAUUUAGCUAUAUUAAAAGCUCAUUUUAUAGCACCAUUUUAUCGAGAUUUUCUAAUGUUAUUCGAUAACUCAGUUUCAUCGUAACACCUGGUCGUCUAUAUACACAUUUAUAAUUUGUGAACAACUUUUGCCGUUUAGAUGCUUUUAUCGUAGAUUUGAGAAUCCUCUACCUCAUUACACAUAAAUUACAUUUGGUUUCAGGUACUAAGCUUAAUUAUUUCCUUAUGUAUUUUAUUUGAUGUCAUAAUUGUAGCACAGCCCUUGGAAUGUGGUUUUUUCUUCAACGGUAUUAAAUUGUUAUGGACUUAAUAAUAGUGAUAGCUUUUGUAAUUUCAAGUUAUCCUUAGAUAAUUAGAGGCCAUAAGAUUAAUGUGUCGGUAAAAAUAAACAUAUUUCUUGUUCGUUUAUUUUUUGGGCUCGUACAAUUGAACCGUAAGAAAAGGGAGCUAUUGUAUACAUAUAGUCUGAGUAUCGAUUAGUUCGGUAGGAAGAAAUACAAUAUACCUACAGUAAAUAUCUUUAAGAACCUAAUAUCGUAAUUUUACACAAGUUUGUGUAGCCCAGUUUUGAACUUCAAGGACGAUUUGUUUGGGGAGUAUUUGCUCUUGAUUAGCACAUACCGUACUUUGGUUUUGAUAGUUUUUCGAACAUCAUCACUUUUGUCAAAGAAAUAAACCUUGUCAAGUAAUGACGCUAGCGUUAGAGAAAGAUAUAAUCAAUUUCACUGAAAUCAUGAACCGAUCAAUGUUAGAUUACCAUUGAAAACUUGGAAGCACUUGACAGCUGUUUCAUCCUAGUGUGCACCCACGACUCCUCACUCCAGACUCGAACCCAAGACAUUUGGACAUGCUCUCGAACGCUUGAUCACUAGACGACUAAGUCGAUAUUUAAUGGUAUCAAUAAAAUUCAUCAAUCUCCACAACCCCUUACUGACUAGAAUGAAUUGUCACAUUCACGCCUUGUCUAACUGAAUGGUAGAUGAAUAGAUUUUUCAUUCAGUUAAUUAUAUUAUCUGCCUGAAUACGUCUAAAUUUCCUUCCAGUUAUUUUAAGGU